AUGGCUCCUCCAUCCCACUGUGAUGUCCUCGUCGCAGGGAGCGGCAAUGCUGGCUUCUCAGCGGCAGUGGCGGCCAAGCAGGCUGGGGCAAAGCAUGUUCUGCUCAUCGACAAAUGCCCGGAAGAAUGGGCAGGAGGAAACUCAUACUUCACGGCCGGCGCAUAUCGAACAGUUCACGAGGGCACGGCGGAUCUGCUCCCUUUGGUCAACAACGUCGACGAUGAGACGGCGAAGAAGAUCGACUUGGAGCCGUAUACGGUUGAGAGCUUCUCCAACGACAUGAAAAGGAUAUGCAGUGGCCGUUCUGAUCCACAACUGUCUCAAAUUCUCGUGGGAGACUCAAAUGCAACGGUCAAAUGGCUGAAGAGCAACGGCAUUCGGUUCCAGCUGUCGUUCAACAGGCAGGCGUACGAAGUCGACGGCCGCCUGAAGUUCUGGGGUGGGCUGUCCUUGAAGACCCAGGAUGGAGGAAAGGGCCUGAUCGAAGACCACAAGGCUGCAGCUCGAAAGCACGGCGUUGAAGUGCUCUACUCGACCGCGUUGAAGCGCCUGAUAACGGACCCAAAGACGGGUGCCGUCACCUCAGUCGCCGUGCAGGCCAAUGGCAAAGAUGCCAUUAUUCAGACGGGGGCCGUCAUUCUAGCUGCCGGAGGGUUCGAGAGCAAUCCUCGUUUGCGGUCACAAUAUCUGGGACCUGGUUGGGAUCUGGCGAAAGUGAGAGGCACCCCUCAUAACACCGGUGAUUGCCUCGAGACGGCCAUCCGUGACGUCGCGGCGAGUCAGGCUGGGAAUUGGUCUGGGUGUCAUUCCGUGGCCUGGGACGCCAACGCUCCGAGCGACACGGGCGAUCGGGAAGCGUCCAACGAGUUCACCAAGUCCGGCUACCCGCUGGGCUUGAUGUUCAAUAUCCUCGGCGAGCGGUUCGUGGACGAAGGCAUCGACCUCCGCAACUACACGUACGCCAAGUUUGGACGAGCCAUCCUCGCACAGCCUAGCCACAUCGCCUUCCAGGUCUGGGACUCCCGCACCACCUCGUGGCUGCGAUCUGAAGAAUAUCGGCCCGAAAGAGUCGAGAGGAUCGAGGCGGAUUCGAUUGAGGAGCUGGCUGGAAAAUUGGCGACGUUGGGCCUCGAGAACCCCGACGCCUUUGUGCGAAACGUCAAGGAGUACAACGAGGCCGUCUACGCGUUCCAAAAGGAGAACCCGGACAAGAAAUGGGACCCCGCCGUCCGGGACGGCGUGUCGACCCAGUCGAGGACGAAGCGGCUGCCCUUGGGCAAAACGAACUGGGCGCUGCCCGUCGACCAGGGGCCCUUCCUGGCCGUCGCCGUGACCUGUGGCAUCACGUUCACGUUUGGCGGGUUAAAAGUCAUUCCGGAGACGGCACAGGUCGUCAGCUCGAUGACGGGGCAGGGAGUUCCCGGGCUGUAUGCCGUCGGGGAGAUGCUGGGGGGUUUGUUUUACGAGAAUUACCCCGGUGGCAGUGGCCUGACGUCCGGAGCGGUCUUUGGACGGAGAGCCGGCACGGCUGCUGCAAAAGCGGUGGGCGGCGGCGCUAGCUGA